AUGGUUAUAUCGUAUGCUGUACUUUACCUUAGCGCUGCCUUCGUCGCUCUGAUGAUGAUGCGUCGGCAUCCGUACGUAAUACUCUUUGUGAUCCCUCUUCUUGCAAUGUGCGUAAUCGGACCGGUUACAGUUGGAGUAACGACAUCACUGGUGUUGGCGUACACUCUGUCAGCCUCUGACAAAGAAAUCAGCCCCUGGCAUUGCAUGGUAUUAGGAGUGUUUCAAAGUAUUAUGUUGAUUAUAGUGUCCUUCAGCCGCUUGUUAGGGACAUUAUAG